GUCGGAUUCAGAGAGAUUAGACAUGUUUCAGACUUGAGACCAGUGGUAAACUCUCAUCCACAAGGCCGAAGAGUAGAUCCCAAUGCCCCGGACAAGUAUUUGAGCCCGUUGAAAUGUUUGACCGUCGCUCUCCCUCAAACGUUCACUCUUUGUAAUUCGUCGUUCCGAUACGAAUCAUCUGAGAACCCUCGACGGGUUUUGACCAAACCCAGCAAACCGGUUUACAACGAUGGAGUGGAUAAUGAAGAUUGGGAUUACAUCUUAUACGUCAAUGAUGUCUUGGGAGGCGAAAAUGGUGGCGAUAGGUAUCUCAUCCUCGACGUGCUUGGACAAGGCACAUUCGGCCAGGUGGUAAAAUGUCAAAACAUGCGGACGCAUGAUAUAUGCGCGGUCAAGGUGGUCAAAAACAAGCCAGCGUAUUUGAAUCAGAGUAAAAUGGAAGUUGCGAUCUUGGAUAUGCUGAACAAACAAUAUGAUCCAAACGAUCGGCACCACAUCCUGCGAAUGUUCGAAAGCUUCACUCACAAAAAUCACCUUUGUCUCGUAUUUGAAUGUCUCAGCUCCAACCUUUACGAACUCAUUAAGCAAAAUCAAUUCAAAGGUCUGAGCAUCAGCUUGGUCAAAGUCUUCACUGGGCAAUUGCUUGAUUGUUUACAAGUUUUAAAAGAGGCGAGGUUGAUACAUUGUGAUCUAAAACCAGAAAAUAUCCUUCUGAAGUCGUUGCAAUCUCCGCACAUCAAAGUGAUCGACUUUGGUUCAGCUUGUCACGAAAUGCAAACUGUAUACACAUAUAUCCAAUCUCGAUUUUACCGUUCGCCCGAGGUCCUUCUAGGUCUUCCCUAUUCCACAUCCAUCGACAUGUGGUCUCUCGGAUGUAUUGUAGUGGAACUCUUCCUCGGUCUGCCAUUGUUCCCAGGUACCAGUGAAUAUAAUCAAGUCUCUCGAAUUGUGGAUAUGUUAGGUGUUCCUCCUCAUCAUUUACUCGAAAAUGGUAAACAAACCCAUGAAUUCUUCAAUUUUGUCGGUGUGGAUGCCCAUGGAAGGAAACAAUACCAACUCAAACCUAUGGACCAAUACGCUUCUGAACAUCGAACGAAUGAACAACCGAGUAAACAAUAUUUCUCUCAUACCAAACUCAAAGAUAUCAUCAUGGAAUAUCCAGUGUCUAAACGGAACGCCAAGCAAUCUGACAUUGACAAGGAAAUGGCUUUCAGACGAUCUUUCAUCGAUUUCGUUGAAGGACUUUUGGAGUUGGAUCCACUCAAACGAUGGACUCCACAACAGGCUGCGAAACACCCAUUUAUCAGUGGCGAGCAAUAUACUGGACAUUUCGUGGUA